CAGAAACCACAUGCAAUGGAGGCAGAUAAGAAAGAGUCGCAGAAACUACCUCCAAAUCCUCAGUCACUGGCUAAUAUGCUGUCAAAGUUGACAGUUAGUUGGACAAAGCAAAUAUUUAUGAAGGGAUACAAAAAAGAACUAGAAAUCAGUGAUCUCUAUUCACCUUUGGAAGAACAUAAAUCUAGUAGAUUAGGGGAUACACUAAGCAGAUGUUGGCAGUCAGAAUUAGAGAAGGCCAAACACAAAGAUAGAAAGCCGAAGCUAUUGACUGCAGUGCUGACUGGGUUUGGAAUGAGAAUGAUGAUCUUUGGAAUAGUCAUGUUCUUUGGUCAAGUAAUUUUAAGAAUAGCCCAGCCCCUUUUGCUUGCACGAAUGUUGAAAUACUUCUCACCAGAAAGUAAGAUGGGGAAGAGCGAAGCGUGGUUAUACGCCCUGGGGGUUGUGCUCUGUACCGUCAGCAGUGUCAUAGUGAACAACCCCCUCUGGCUCGGUCUACUGCACCACGCCAUGAAGCUGCGUGUCGCCUGCUGCUCCCUCAUCUAUCGCAAGUCACUACGCCUGAGCAAAGCAGCGCUAGGUCAGACUACUGUCGGACAAGUGGUUAACCUGAUGACGAAUGAUGUGAAUCGGUUUGACAUGGGUAUCAUCUUCAUCCACUACCUGUGGCUCGGACCCGUAACUACAGUAGUGGUCACUUACUUCCUCUGGCAGCAGAUCGGAGUGGCGGCUCUAGUAGGAGUGGCUGCCUUGUUGAUCUCUAUACCGGCACAGAUGUGGUUGGGAAAACAAAAAUCAUCGUAUCGCUUGAAAACAGCAAAGAGAACCGAUGAGAGAAUUCGAUUGAUGAAUGAAAUAAUAAAUGGAAUAUCAGUUAUAAAGAUGUAUACUUGGGAAAAACCUUUCGAAAAGCUCGUAGCAGAAGCAAGAAGGCUUGAAAUUAAAGAAAUACGUGGCAGUUCUUACAUAACGGGUAUCAUGUUGUCUUUCCUGUUGUUCAACAACCGUCUGGCCAUAUUUUGCUCCAUAGUAACCUACGUGUUGAUGGGAAAUUUAAUCACAGCUUCAAUAGUGUAUGUUGUGACCGAUUUCUUCACUCUCGUUCGUCAAAUGAUGUCCGACUUCUUCCCUCUGGCAAUCGGACUAACAGCUGAAAUUUUAGUUUCCAUCAAAAGAAUAGAAACGUUUCUGCUGUAUAAUGAAAUGAGAGGAAAGUCGUCUUUAGAAGAAAACGGAAAAGUUAAUUUGUCUUUCGUCAAUGAUCAAGCUGAAGGAGAUAAAGUGAAGGAUCUUCCGAGAAUAAUUGAUAGUGAAGUAAAUAACAGUUUUUCACUCAGUGUAAUACUGAAGGAUGCAUCAGCUAAAUGGAGUGACGAAACUUUUGAGGAAACCUUAAGUGACAUUAACAUUGAAUUUCCUACGGGAAAACUGACAGUCGUGAUAGGUCCAGUUGGCUCUGGAAAGUCCUCCAUUCUACAAACAAUUCUAAAAGAAUUGCCAUUAUCGAGCGGGUUUCUCCACAUAUCGGGGAGUCUCUCUUACGCUGCCCAGGAGCCCUGGUUGUUUGAAGGCAGCGUGCGCCAGAACAUACUGUUCGGCAGUCCCUACAACGAGACCCGCUAUCGUAUGGUUGUGAGGGCUUGUGCUUUACGUACUGACUUGGAGCAACUGCCUCACGGAGACCAGACCCUGGUCGGGGAUCGUGGAGUAGUCCUCAGCGGGGGUCAGCGUGCUCGAAUAAACAUGGCUCGGGCCGUUUACAGAGAGGCCGACAUCUAUCUAUUGGAUGACCCCCUGUCUGCUGUCGACACACAUGUUAGCAAACAUUUGUUUGAGCAAUGUAUAUCAGGUUAUCUGAAAUCUAAAACCGUUAUCCUGGUGACACAUCAACUGCAAUUCUUGGCUUCUGCUGACCACAUCGUCCUUCUUAGUGAUGGCAAAGUAAUAACACAGGGCUCAUAUCAAGCAAUGAAAUCUUCAGGCACAGACUUCAGUAAAAUGAUAUUUGACAACAAAGAGGAGGAAGAAGAAGAAGAAUCCAAUAAAGAGGGCACAUUCAAGAGGGCUGUGAGUCAAACAGAAACAACAAAGUACGAGGUUGUGGAAGAGGUUGAAGAGAUGAGAACGAAGGGAACAGUGUCGAGUCAAGUAUUCCGCUCUUACAUGACAGCGGGAGGUCACUGGACAUCUAUGAUGUUCCUUCUCCUCAUGUUCUGCCUUACUCAGUUUAUUGGAAGUGCAGGAGAUUACUGGUUAAAUUACUGGGUGAAUUUAGAAGAGUACGUUUACCAUAGAGAACCAAAUUCCACGACACUAAUGCCGGACUACCCCUUCUAUCUCUCUCAAACAUGGUGCAUCGUAGUGUUCACUCUACUAAUUGGAGCCACCAUCAUAGUCUCACUUGUCCGCUCGUUCCUCUUCUUCUACAUGUGCAUGCGUUCCUCAAUGUGGCUACACAACACAAUGUUCUCUUCCAUCACCCGAGCGACAAUGAGAUUUUUUCAUACAAAUCCAUCAGGUCGAAUUCUAAACCGCUUUACCAAAGAUAUGGGCUCUGUAGAUGAACUUCUGCCCAGUUCUCUUCUGGAUGUCCUGCAGAUUGGAUUGGUUGUAAUUGGAAUUGUUGGUGUACUUGUAUUGGUGAAUGCCUGGCUACUCAUUCCAACAUUCAUUGUUGCUUGCAUAUUUUAUUUCCUCAGAAAUUUCUACUUGAAGACUUCUAGAGGGGUGAAGCGGUUGGAAGGAAUCACUAGAAGUCCUGUAGUAACACAUUUAAAUGCGUCAUUGCACGGGUUAACAACCAUUAGGGCUUUUAGUGCAGAGGCUGUCCUGGAGAAAGAGUUUGAUAGUCAUCAGGAUUUACAUUCUUCUGCCUUCUACAUAUUCAUUGCCACUGCUCGAGCAUUUGGCUACUGGUUGGAUGUAGUGUGUUCCCUCUACAUUGCCAUGGUCACCUUCAGUUUCCUCAUCAUUGACAGUGCAUGGCUGGGAGGCAGUGUGGGUCUUGCCAUCACCCAGACAGUCGGUCUCAUCGGUAUGUUCCAGUGGGGUAUGAAACAGUCUGCUGAGGUGGAGAACUUCAUGACCUCUGUUGAGAGAAUACUUGAGUACACACAAGUAGACAAAGAACCUCCACUGGAAUCACCACAAGACAAAAAACCCCCUGCUAAUUGGCCGACUGAAGGUGAAGUUGAGUUCAACCAUGUGGUCAUGUCUUACGAUCCUUCCCUGCCACCUGUUUUGAAAGACGUGACAUUUGUCAUACAACCACGAGAAAAAGUUGGCGUUGUUGGCCGCACUGGAGCAGGUAAAUCUUCAUUAACUGCUGCUUUAUUUCGAUUUAAUUCAUUCAAAGGAAAAAUCAUCAUUGAUGGCAUUGAUGUGACUGAUUUUGGACUCCAUGAUUUACGGUCCAAACUCUCUGUUAUUCCUCAAGAACCUGUGUUGUUUUCUGGAAAUGUUCGCAAAAACCUUGAUCCUUUUGAUGAAUACUCUGAUCACACAAUAUGGAGUGCUUUAGAGGAGGUUGAACUGAAAGAAGUGAUAGAAGACUUACCACAAGGUUUAAACAGUAAAAUCGUAGAGGGUGGAGCCAAUCUGAGUGUUGGACAGCGACAGCUGAUGUGCCUGGCCCGAGCCAUCGUCCGUAACAAUAAGAUUUUGGUUCUGGAUGAGGCUACAGCUAAUGUAGAUCUACAGACUGAUGCUCUGAUACAAAAGACUAUCAGACGAAAGUUUGCAGAGUGCACAGUACUGACAAUAGCACACAGAUUGAACACUGUCAUGGAUUCAGACAAGAUUCUGGUCAUGAGCAAUGGUUGUGUAGUGGAGUUUGACCAUCCUCAUAUCCUACUGGAAAACAAGCAUGGUUAUUUGUACCGAAUGGUAGAACAGCUGGGCAGAACUGCAGCAGAAUCAUUGCAUAACAUUGCAGCCUUGAAUUACAACCAAAGCACCGUUCUAAGAAGACCAAAAUCCUCAUAGUUGUCGAAAACGCUAUAUUUAUACGCUCCGUUUUACGAACAAUAGUCCAGAUUACCUGACCUAAUGUGACGAAUAGUAGGCCAGACGACAAAUAGCCCAGAAAAUCCAAAGUUAAAUAACCCACACACCAUCUUGAGUUGGUACACGUGUCACUCCUGCUGACAAAGCAGCUAUACCAAACAGAGCUAUUUUGCAAAUUUCCACCCUAAUGUGUGCAGGCAUUGUAACAUGCAGCCAUACAUUAUGUAAGUUAUACUUACCUCUUGUGCAAUUACUGUUAACAAUGCAGUUCAUACUUACUCACCAUGUCAAAUCAUAUCGCAAUAAGCUCAACCGAUGGCAUUUACUUGUUUCAUCCUGAUUUAUAUAAUGUUGCAAUCAUGCCAGAGCUGAUUUGACUAAUCAGAAGGUCUGGAUAACCAGGGAUCUAUUGUACAUCUUAGUUAUUUAAUGAAAGAAACCAACACGUUCCUUAUUAUAAAUAAUUCUUUGUUUUCCCAUUUCUAUAAACUAGUAAUAAGAACUAUGUCAUUAAUAUUAUAUAUUGUAUUUGAAUUGUUAUAAUGAAUAAAAUCUGCAUACUGUAUGUUUAAACAUAUAUCCUACUUAUUGAUUGAUUGAGAUUUAUUCAUCUACUUUUGUAAUUAAAUCCCUGUCUAUAUAUUUAUUGCUUAAAGAUAGAGGGAUUCCUUUCCCGAAUUUAUCUAUGUAAAUUGAUUUAUAUAAAUUCAAUAAAUAAUAUUGUGUAAGAAUUGUAAACAAUUUAUUUGAUUUGAUAUUUUACUGAAUAUUGUGGGGAAGAUCAAAAGUAUAGUUGUCAUCAAGUUAUCUAUUUUUAUUUGUUUCAAAACAUCAUAACGUUUUAUUACUUCCUUAUAAGUAUUCACUGUUUUACCUUUAAAUGUUCUUUAGAGUUUUAGUACACAAAACCUUAAAUUCUUAUUAACGAAUGUCACACAAACAUUUUGGAACUGCUACUGAAGAUAUACAUGUUUUUAUUUAUAUUUAGUUUAAAGUAUUAGUUUUGUAAGUAUCAAGACUAAUAUUGUAUUAAUAAAGGCAUUUAUUUAAAUAGAUUGUUUAUUUUAGGAGUACUUUCAUCUGAUGCACUUUCCACGAUGUGCUGACACACUGGUUCUAUGCAAAUAUAAGAAAUUUGAAUAAAAAUCAGUAUUUCAAACUAUAAUUUUAUAAAGCUAAUCACCAUUAUUUUCUUACACAAAAAUAUGAUUAGUUAGAUCAUCAGAUAAAAUGAAUUUCUCAAUCAACUCUUAAUUGAUCGAGUGAAGAUGAAUAAUUAUUCUAAUCAUGGCGAGAACAAAUGAUGCUAAGACUAAAUGUUGGAGAGACUUAUAUUAAUCAGACCAAAUCUUACUGUUUUUUUAAUUUUAUUUUAGGCUUAGACUAAAAUAAAAAGGAAAAUAUUUACAUUUAA